AUGCUUCUAAUGAGUGAGGAUAGUUUUAUUGAUGAUUCCGCGAACUCAUUAGAAUCUUCUUCUACUUCAAGUAAUUCAGCUCCUUCAGAUACUAGUGAAGACGACGACGACGAUGAUGAUGGUGUUGCUGAUGCUGACGACAUUGUUGGAAAGAAAAAGACUAAAAUCGAUGAAAAUGGUGAUGAUGAUGUUGACCAAAAGACCAAAGAGAACAACAACAACAGUACAGUUAAUAAAAAAUCACUUAGUCGACGUCGACGUCGUCUUCGUCGUCCUUUAACUCGUCAAGAAGCAAAAAAUCCAACAACAGUUAUCCUUGAUUCAGACAGUAACGAUGAUGAUGAUGAUGAUGAUGACGAUGAUGAUUCUGACAGUGUUACAGACAUUGAUGGAUCUCAAAAACCCUGGUGGUAUCAAUUUUAUAAAGAUGAAUAUGACUGGCAAAUUAAUGUAGGCGCUAAAAUGGAUGUUCUCUUCAAUAUAUUGAAACGUUGUUCAGAUAUCGGUGAUAAAGUGAUCCUGUUUUCGCAUAGUUUAAUAUCAUUAGAUUUAAUUGAAAAGUUUCUAGCUGAAAUUAGUCGUCAAUGGUCAGUUCUUCAGAACCAGUCUUCAGACCAGAAAACGGAAGAGAAUGUAGAAAAUGCAGAAAAUGCUGAUACAUUAAAUCGUCCAGAUUUAUCAUCAUAUUUCUCUGAUAUCGGACAUAAUACAUGGAUACGUGGUUUAGAUUAUGAACGUAUGGAUGGUAGUAUGAAUGUGAAUGUACGCAAAGAUUUACAGGCACGUUUCAAUUCAACAAGUAAUACACGUCUACGAUUGUUUAUUAUAUCAACUAAAGCUGGUGGUUUGGGUAUUAAUUUAAUCGCUGCAAAUCGUCUUGUCCUACUCGAUGCAUCAUGGAAUCCAAGUCAUGAUAUACAAUCGAUAUUUAGAAGUUAUCGUUUUGGUCAGCAUAAACCAGUGUAUAUUUAUCGUCUGAUUGCCCAAGGAACAAUUGAAGAAAAAAUCUAUGAUCGACAGGUAACGAAACAGUCUUUAUCACUACGAGUAGUUGAUGAGCUACAAAUUGAUCGACACUUUUCAGAUGAUGACUUACAAAAAUUGUUCACUUUUGAACCAGAUAUCUGGAAUCCUGAAGAUGAUAAUGAUAGCGAUAAACGUCCUACACCGAUAUUGCCUAAAGAUCGUCUGCUCGCUGAUAUGCUUACAGAAUAUCGACAUUUAAUAGCCACCUACCAUAAUCAUGAUUCAUUAUUACAGCACAGGGAAGAUGAAGGCUUAACAGAAGUGGAACGUCAAGAAGCAUGGAGAGAAUAUGAAGAAGAAAAACAAUACGGUAUGUCAUUAGCUGAACACCAGCGUCUGGUAAUGCUGCAACAACAAUGGAUAGCUCAACAACAACAACAAAUUCAACAACAGCAACAACUAUUUCAUCUACAGUAUCUUCAACAACAACAACAACAACAAUACCACCACCAACAACAACAGCAACAUCAACUCCAGCAUUUUAUAUUGCCGAAUUUUCAAUUCCCUACAGUCUCAUCACCAAAUACUAGUGGACAGACAAUUGUGAUUAGUGAUGAUAAUAGUAAUCAUAGUAAUAACGAUAGUCAAGUGAUGACGUCACCACCAGUUGUGCAUAGCGGUAAUGUUGUUGUACCUAAUAAAAAUACUAAGAAGAAUAAUACUAAGAAUACUAAUACUGCUGUGACAAAUCCAGGUUCUCCUACGAUGGCUAUGGCGAUGGCGACGACGGCAGCAUCUGCUAACAACUCCACUAGAAAUACUACUGAUCUUCAUCAUUCAGCUGGUUCACAAUUGAUUACCGAUAUUAGUACCACUACUAAACAACAACAACACUGGGAGCAAAUUCAACAAGCACGUUAUAUAACACCGGCGAUUAAUAAUUUGCCAAGUAAUGCUUAUGGUCGAAUGUAUUCACAAGUUCGUCGUGGUGCUAUCCUUAAAGAUCCCAGUUUAAUAUCAGAUCCAGAGAAAUUGGAUAAAUUAACAAUGAAUAAAUUAGUGAGUGUAUUAACCACUCCAGUGCUAGUCAAUACCGAUGAUGUACAUGAUCCAAGUUCUUUUACAAUGAUGAGAAGUAGUAGUAAAGCAUCCCACAAUCCACAAUCGAAAAAUUAAUUCACACUAUCCAUUCACUAUCAUCCAGCUUUUAAAUCUUCAUCACACAAUUGAAUUAACACAGAUAUAAUAUACAAAAUUGUACAUAUCUAUAAUCAUAAUGAAUGAAGUAUAAAUUUAUAUAGGAGAUAUUUAGCAAUGCUUUCACCGUUGUUGU